AAACUCUUUCCCCUUUUUUUAUUUUAUUAGUUUUCCGCAGUAAAUAGCGAAGGUUUUUUUUGAGUUUUCAUAUUUAAUAUAUACUCUUAAGGGGAAGAGGCCCUAUAGGGCGCCUCGGGCAUACGACGAGGUUUUUAGUGUUCUUACUUUACCCAUAUUCAAGGGUUGGUUAUGUCUUAUCUCCCACGAGCAGAUGACUUUGUUCCUAGACCCGGAUACGACUAUACACCUGUUGGUCCUGAAGACUUCAUUUUUAACCAUAAUACAACAAACUCCUUAUCACCCACUGAAGACAAUUUGUCAGAUACCCCUCCACUCUCUGAAAACCUUAAGGUUAUUAGGCCCUCUCCUUCAUUUUACAAAAAACAAAACUAUAUUUUCUCUACGAAAUAUGAAAAAUUUCAUGUGACUCCAAACCAUAGAGCCGGUUAUAACAAGAUUUACAACUUUAGGCGUUCAAAAAGUUUCUUUUUUGAGCUGGUUGAUCAUUUACCGAACACCAAUCAACUUCAAUUGAAGAUUUACACAAAUGAUUAUCAUAUGUCUUCUGACCCGAUUAAUCAUAAUUCCACAAGUCAACUCCCAAAUUUCAAAUUUCAAAUAUCGAAACAGCUCACGCACUUUUUUUCCACACAAAAAGUUAUUCCUCGACGAUUUCAAGAAAAAUUUUUCAGGCUUAUUCGUAAAAAAUUAUUGGAGCGCUUAGAUUUUAUAGUAUCACGUGCUCAAAAGAAUGAUGAAAAUAAUCACAUGACUAAAACUUUUUUUAAUUUUUCGUAUAAGAAAUAUAGAUUUUAUUUUGGUAUUUACCUCCCAUGUAAUCAUAGUCAUACAGUGGAUCCGCUCAGCAAUACCGCUGUGGCCUGUCUUACCCCAGCUCCUUUCACAAUGUCAUUUCACCAUCACGCCUGUAUUACCCAUCACAAAAAAUUGAUCCUGUACUUUACUUCAAAGGAUAACAAAAUACCUGAUGUCAGUAACUGCAAGACUUUCAAAGAUUUCCACGCAACUCAUAUUUACAAUAGAUGGGCCAAAAAGAAGACAUGUAACAACUUCUCGAAUUGAUUAGGCAUUUCUUUUACCACAACGUAUCGCGCUUAUAAUAGUAAUAUUGUAGCUAAAAAAGGACUCGAUUUUAUCUACGGCAAAGUUUAUCGGAAUUUUAGACGUACUCCUAGUUCAUCUACAAAAGUCAGAAAAAGACAAGAGGCACGCUUCGAUGCAUCGAUAAGGCAUACUUUUCAUAACGCUAAUCUACAAAUUGAUGCUCCGAUGGAUGAUAAACUCCGAGCUGCACAGCAUCAUAUGCUUUUGUUUCAAGAAAAUCAACAAUUCAGCAAGCCUAUUAAACAUCUUCGUUACAAGAAAAAAUUUAUCAUACCCAAACAAGAUGAUUAUACCUUUCUACUCCCAUUUCCUGAAACUAACACUAUUCCUAUAGUAGCCACGUCCGAUUUUAGUCAUAUUGACAGCUCCGUUGUAUCUCCACCCUUUG